AUCAGGCCCCUCGCCUUACUCUUCAAUAUAUAGUUUUUCUUUCUCCACCCCUCUCUCUAUGCAACAAACUACACAAGCUCACAAAGCUGAAAGAGAGUGACCAAAAGGGUUUAUUGUUAAAUGUCUGCAAAUCUUGACAGCAUCGACUUAAACUCCGACGUACUUUCCGGUGAACCAGAAAACGAUGCUAAUGGGUUUAAUAAUGUCUCUGAAGUAAGGACCAAGGCGGGUUUAUCUUCUGAUGCUGAAGCCCUAUUAGACUCUGGUAAGAAUGGUGAGGGUCAGAACCAGGAGGCUGUAAUAGAUCAAGUUAAGGACUUUAAAGGGGAUUGUGACUUGAAGGAGGUUGCUGUUGGUGGGAUAGGUAGGGAGGGAAAGAUGGAUUCUGCUGAUAAAAGUGUUGAUUUGGAAGGGGAAAAUGGGUCUGGAAGUGGUGUUGAUGAUGGCUCUGCACAAGAAGUAGAAGUAGCGGAAACAGCUGUAACAUACUCAAGAAAAGUAGAGGGAGAGAGUUCAUUUAAAAUCGGUGAGGAAGUGAAGGAGGGGGAUUGUGGCGUAGCAAGUUCUAGUUCAGUCGGUGAGGAUGAUAUCCAAGCGAAAAUUGCUGAUGUGAAAGUGAAAGUAGACAAUGCGAAUGACUUAUCGCCUCACAAAAAACCUGGAAAUGUUUCACCAAAGGUUAGUUCUGAAGGUGUUGAGAGUCAUCUCAUGGAAAUCGAUGAUGAACGAGGUAAGGACUCCGAGGCUGAAAAUGAGGAUGCCGCUGCUUUUGAUGAAGGGGUUUUGCGGGAAAAUGAGAACCUUGAGUCCAACGAGUCAAAUCUUGUUGUGGAUAUCGGCGCAGAUGGGAAUGCUACAGGUGAUGUGAAUACAAAAAUGGCUUCCAAAGAAGCAGGAUUGAGUGUUGGUGAUCUGGUAUGGGGUAAAGUGAGGAGCCAUCCGUGGUGGCCUGGGCAAGUAUUUGGUCGUAGUGAUGCGUCAAAGAAGGCUAAGAAGUAUUUUAAAAAGGAUAGUUAUUUAAUAGCAUACUUUGGGGAUCAAACUUUUGCUUGGAAUGAGGUGUCAAAGAUAAAGCCGUUCCGAUGCAGCUUCUCACUAUUGGAGAAACAGAGCAAUUUAGAGGAUUUUCAUGAUGCUGUUCAUUGUGCUUUGGAUGAGGUUUCUAGACGGGUGGAGUUUGGGCUGGCUUGUCCAUGCAUGCCUGGGUAUAGCAAGAUAAAAACUCAGAUAAUUGUCAAUCCUGGAAUCCGGGAAGAAUCUUGUAGAAGAGAUGGUGGGGAUAGUUUCUCAAAUGCUGCUUGUUUUGAACCCCCAAAACUUAUUGAGUAUGUGAAAGAAUUAGGCCAAUUGCUGUUAGAUGGAAUUAACAUAUUGGAGUUUGUAACAGCACGAUCCCAGUUGUUGGUAUUCAAUCGUUGGAAGGGUUAUUCUCACCUGCCUGAAUUCCAAAUCCUUGGUGAACUGCUAGAGAGUGAUGCAGAGAUUCCACAAUCAGCAGAAGUUAAAUAUGCCAGUGAAAUGGUUGAAAAUACUGCAACCAAGGUUAAAGAUGAGCCUGUAUCCUCUGGAAAGGAGAAGCCAAAAGGUGCGGAUCACUCUUCACGCAAGCGCAAGCACAUUUCUGGGGAUAAGGAACAUCCAAGCAAGAAAGAAAAAAGUUUGGCUGACCUUAUUGCUGAGAGGCGCUCAUCAGCUGCUAAAGGUAAAUGUAGUUUGGAUGGUGAAGCUACUGGCAAGACGACUAAAUCAUCUUCUGGUAAGAAAAGGAAGGCUGUUAAAUCUAUUUCUGAUGAUUCAACGAUGAAACAAAGCAAAAGUCCUUCCUCAUCAGGGGUUGAUAAUGGUUCUUCGCAGCCUAAAAAAACCUAUAGAGUUGGAGAAAGUAUCCUCAGGGUUGCAAGCCAACUGAAUGGAUCGACUCCUAUACUCAAAUCUGUUAAUGGAAAAUCUGUUAAUACAACUUCUCGAAAAAAUGCAGAGAAGACUAGGAGCCGGGAGAAGUCUGCCUCUGGAAAGAGUAAAGCUUCGCCUGAUGAGUUGGUGUCAUAGCUUUGCUUGGUUGCCAGAGAUCCUAUGAAGGAAUGCAACUUCCUGAAAUCUGUAGUUAGUUUCUUUGUGAAAUUCAGGAAUUCAGUUUGCAUUAAUCCACUCAAUUCACAGAAGCAUGUACAUCCCUCCCUGGAACAUAUUUCUGGUGGUGAUGUUGGAGAAUUAUCAACCAUAGUAGAAACUCAAACUACUGAUUCAGAGCAUAUGAAAGAUUCUCAUUGGACUGACAAGAUGACUCAAAGCAAUCCUAAAGGUCAAUCAUCCCAUGAGAAUGAGAUUGAAGCAAGAGAAAUUCCAGAGGAGACUCCAACCAAAGAUGGCAUUCCGACCUUCAGAAAACAAUCAGCUGUUCAGUUGGAACCCAAUUUGGAGUGUGAACUACUCAUUGCUGGUGGAAUUCUUGAUUUGGGAGCGGGCAAGCCCAUAGAUCACUUGGAAGGGAAGCGUAAUGGUGAUUCCUUCCCAUGUCCAACAGCUUUGAUUCUAAACUUCAGAGACUUGGAUGCAGUUCCUUGCGAGACAAAUUUGAACAGGAUAUUCAGCCAUUUUGGACCUUUAAAGGAAACGGAGACUCAGGUGCUGAAGGAAAGCAAGCGUGCUAAGGUGGUUUUCUGCAGAAGCGCUGAUGCAGAAACAGCCUUCAGUAGUGCUGGGAACUACAGUUUCUUUGGACCUUCACUUGUCAGCUACCGCCUCAAGUAUAUUACUUCCAAAAAUUGUAAAUCUUCCCCUAAUGCAACAAAGCGCAGCGAAAUAGAUGCAUCAUCUUCGGAGGGAAUAGCAAUGGAUGCUUCAAGCUCCCACUCCCUUGAAGCAGUCGGAGUAAAUACAGUUCGAAUGCUAAAAUUAGGCUGAACGGUGAUGGAGGCACUUUUAAGGAGGUUACGAGGCAGUAUAGUGAUAUGAUUAGUCCAUCGUGCUUACUUUUCAGUUUCCUUAUAGAGAGAGAGAGAGUUAUCAUUCAAUUAGGUUGCAUUUCCAUUUUUAUCGUGCUUUCUAGUUUCUUGAAAGAGUGACGGAGGGACACUUUAGUAGCCAUCGGUUUAUAUU